UACAAUUUGUAUUUUGUAACAAUUGUAAAACCCCAAGUUGACAAUUUUUUUCAACUCAGCUUAUGACCCUAUGCUAUGGUUCUUGUCAAAGUUGCACACUAAUCUGCCAUUUCAAUGCUAAUAUUAAUCCAAUGAAGAAAACCCAUCGCUUAAAAAACGAUUCAAAUCACAAUAUUACUGUUCAAAAUUUUGCCACCAAAACCAAAGUUUCAUCGUCCAAAAGAUUCAAAAACAAGCAAAAAUCAAAAGAAUAUACAAAACCCAUCUCAGAAUCUGAAGAAAACCUCCCAAUACCUCAAAUUAACACUACCCUUAUAGCUUUCUUGGAUAAAAAUCCAAUCUUGAGUCGAAAUUUUUACCAAAUUGAUGCUCUUGAUCUUGCCCCACGUUUGCUUGGCAAGUUCCUUAGGAGGGAUGAUGUUGUUCUUCAGAUAACUGAGGUGGAAGCUUAUAGGCCAAAUGAUUCAGCUUGUCAUGGUCGAUUUGGCAAAACAGCAAGGACUGCCCCUGUUUCGGUGGCUUUCUGGUGUAUUUACCUUUUGGAGCCAUGUGAAACAUUUCAAGUUUGGUCCUGGUGGUCAUGCAUAUGUCUACCUAUGCUACGGUCUCCACAUGAUGCUCAAUGUUGUAGCAGACAAGGAAGAAGCCGGAGCAGCUGUCUUGAUUCGUUCCUGCGCUCCCAUCUACGGUCUAGGUACUAUUCAGCAGCGUCGGGGUUUAAAAACUGAGAAACCUGUUCUUCUUGCAGGUCCCGGAAAGGUUGGUCAAGCAUUAGGACUAUCAACAGAAUGGUCUAGCCACGCUCUAUACACAGCCGGCGGUUUAGAACUCUUAGAUGGUCCAGAACCAGAACAUAUACUUGUUGGUCCAAGAGUCGGUAUAGAGUAUGCUUUGCCAGAACAUGUUAAUGCAUUGUGGAGAUUUGCAAUCGCGGGUUCUUCAUGGAUCAGUGCCCCAAAAAAGACUCUCAGACCUCUUUAGCUCACCCAUGGGCGCCAUCAAUUCGUCCCCUCCCUCACCGAGAGGGGGGCAGAAAGUAAGAAAAUAAGCAAGUUGUUGUAUAUGUGUAUAGGAGUUUUAGUCCUCUCCUUUCAAUUUACAUCCUUUUUGUGUAUAUUUUGGUUGAUUUAACAUAUAACUCAAUCAUGUUCUUGGUUAUAUGGGCUUACAAAUAUGCCCCAUUUUGUUGGAUUAUCUUUCCUAAUUACGACAAUAACAGUGUAACCCCACAAGUGAGGUCUACUCAUCUUUGCUCGCAAGAUAUUGCAAAGUAGUUGUGGCUACGGAGUUUUAAAUUUUA